AUGAAUAUUGACCAUUACUCAGACAACUGGGGCAGUUUUUCUAGCUCAGAAUGGAACUACGAUGAUUUUGAUGAAAAAAUUAGAGAGGAUUACGUCUCUGGUUUCAAGGAAAUAGACCAAUCAGAUUAUAUUGAUAAGCGGAUGAAGCUAAACCGUGUUUCUAAUCCAUCUCUAUUGAUUUCUCGUAUCAGCUUUUCUUCGAUAAUUAUCCCCACCAAAGAACAGAUUCGUACCAAAUAAACAAGAAAGCUUGUGAAAAUUAUGCUUUAAAAUACCGAAGGAUUAUGCUCUUCAAGUCACCCAUCGUAAGAAGCACAAUGGUCCAAGGCCAGUCUCCAGAAAAAUCCCAUCAAAAUGGAAAUCCAAGUGUAGAACAAUUGAAAAGAAGGCCACGAAGGAAUCGAAAGUACUGACUGAUAAGACCUGAACUAGCCCUGCUUCGUUGAUACAUAGCUCAGACCGGAAAAGCUGCUAUGAGCCUGUGAUGCAGAAACAUAGAUCUGGGAGUAACAUAGCUCUUAUUUUGUAAAGUAGAUGGACAGUGACCCUUCCUUUGUAGA